CAACAGUACCCCUCACUCUCUCACUCCUACCCCCACUCACUCUCUCUCUCUCUCUCUAGACUCUCCCUUAUUUAACUCCCACCAUUGCCUCCAAUUUUCUCUCAACAAACACAAACCACACAAACCUCUCAAUACCCAAAUCCCAAUUUCCACAAUGCCAACCAUUUUCUUGAGGAUUUUCCUUGUUUACCACCUCCUAAACACAGCCCUCCUAUUUUUGGUCCCCAAAAAGCUCAGAACUUAUCUCCCAUCCUCUUGGUACCCACAACAACAACAGCAACAACAACAAACGCCACCCACCAACGCCACCUCUCCUCCACCACCGCCGCCGCCGGCCCGUAUCCUCCGGAAGAUGGACACGGCCGAGCUCCGACGGGUAUUCCAGAUGUUCGACAAGAAGGGCGACGGGCGAAUCACGAAGAUGGAACUCAACGACUCGCUGGAGAACAUGGGGAUAUUCAUCCUGGACCCAGAGCUGAGUCUAAUGAUUGAGAAGAUCGACGUUAACGGAGACGGGUGCGUGGACAUUGACGAGUUCGGAGCUCUGUACCAGUCCAUAAUGGAGGAGAGAGACGAAGACGAAGAUAUGAGGGAGGCUUUCAACGUGUUUGAUCAAAACGGAGAUGGGUUUAUAACGGUGGAGGAGUUGAGAUCUGUUCUGGCUUCUUUGGGGUUGAAGCAGGGGAGGACUGUGGAGGAUUGCAAGAGGAUGAUUCUGAAAGUGGACGUGGAUGGUGAUGGUACGGUUGAUUUCAACGAGUUUAAGCAGAUGAUGAGAGGUGGUGGUUUUGCUGCUUUGAGUUGAAAAAAAAAAAAUGAAUCCAUUUUUUUUCCAAGGUGGGUUUUAGGUUCGUGAGGAAAUUCUUCGGAUGUAGAAAUCGAUCACAGAAGUGCAUGGACGGCAGAUGAUCACGAUGGUCAUAUAGAAGUGUCGAAUUCAAGCUAUCGAUUGCGUGAUGAAUAGCGUGAUUCGAUUGGUUUAUGUGUCCGUAGAAUUGUUGGUAGUUUUUUUUUGGUUUGUAAGUAUUGUCAAUGGAAAGGUCACUUUUUGGUGAUCAAAAUAAGGUCAACCUUCAUCAUUUGUCAAUGGACAUGCAUUAGUUACAUUUCCUC